CUAGCCGGGGGACAGAUGGUUUGGUGGCCUGUGGGCGCAUCCCUGUUUGCUAGCAAUGUUGGGAGCGGGCACUUCAUCGGCCUGGCUGGGUCAGGAGCUGCCUCAGGAAUUGCUGCAACAGCCUACGAGUGGAACGGGAUGUUUUGUGUUUUGGUGCUGGCCUGGCUAUUCCUUCCAAUUUAUAUAGCGGCAGGAGUCACUACCAUGCCAGAGUACCUGCAGAAGCGCUUUGGAGGCAGAAGAAUUCAGAUGUUCCUGGCGAUUCUCUACUUGUUCAUCUAUAUCUUCACCAAAAUAUCAGUUGAUAUGUACGCUGGGGCCCUCUUCAUUCAGCAAGCCUUGCACUGGGACCUCUACAUUGCUGUUGUGGGCCUGCUGGCAAUCACCGCUGUCUACACUGUUGCAGGUGGCCUGGCCGCAGUGAUAUACACAGACGCGCUGCAAACCCUCAUCAUGCUGAUCGGCGCCGUGACUCUCAUGGUCUUCAGCUUUGUUGAAGUUGGCGGUCUUGAAGGCUUGCAGACAAAAUACUUUGAUGCCAUUCCCAGCACCCGCAAGGAAAACAGCAGCUGCGGCUUGCCAAGGGAAGAUGCUUUUCACAUUUUCCGGGACCCUGUUAGCUCCGACCUUCCCUGGCCGGGGGUUUUGGUGGGAAUGACCAUCCCAUCCCUCUGGUACUGGUGUACAGAUCAGGUCAUCGUUCAGAGGUCCCUCGCUGCUAAAAACCUCUCUCACGCCAAGGGAGGCUCCCUGAUGACCUCCUACUUGAAAAUUUUGCCCCUCUUUAUGAUGGUAAUGCCGGGCAUGAUCAGCCGGGUUCUCUUCCCAGAUCUGGUGGCUUGUGCAGACCCGGAAAUUUGUCGAAAAAUCUGUGGCAACCCAUCUGGCUGUUCUGAUAUUGCUUACCCUAAGCUGGUCAUAGAACUUCUGCCUGUAGGACUCCGGGGCCUGAUGAUGUCAGUGAUGAUAGCAGCGCUUAUGUCCUCCUUGACUUCCAUCUUCAAUAGUGCCAGCACCAUUUUCACCAUGGACCUCUGGAAACAAUUCCGGCCUCGUUGUUCCGAGUGGGAACUCAUGAUUGUUGGCAGGGUCUUUGUGCUGCUGCUCGUUGUGAUCUCCAUCCUGUGGAUCCCACUAGUCCAGGCUGGCCAGGGCGGGCAGCUCUUCAUUUACAUCCAGUCCAUCAGCUCCUACCUGCAGCCUCCUGUGGCAAUGGUGUUUAUACUGGGUUGCUUCUGGAAAAGAGCGAAUGAAAAGGGCGCGUUCUGGGGCCUGGUGAUUGGGUUGCUGCUGGGCGUCAUCCGACUGGUGCUGGACUUCAUCUACCCGGAGCCCCAGUGCGGGGAGCGGGACCUCAGGCCAGGCGUGGUGAGGUACAUGCACUACCUCUACUUCUCCAUGGUCCUGGCUGCCAUCUCCACGCUCACCGUGCUGGUCGUGAGCAUGCUCACAGAACCCCCCUCGGAAGAAAUGAUAAGUCGGCUUACCUGGUUCACACGCGGGGAUCUACCAGUCAAGAAAGACCUAGCAGUCAGCACUUCUCCUGAUGCUGCAAAAGGAGCAUGUGAAGCUGAGCGUCCCGCUCUCCAGAUUGAUAUAAGCAUUGCCUCUGAAAAUAGUUCAAAUGAUAAUAAAUGCACGACUGACACCAAAAGGAAUUCGAAGCUGAUGAAGACCUUUCUGUGGCUCUGCGGGAUGGAGAGCAGACCGGAAAACUCUGAGAACGUGGCACCGACUAAACCCGAGAUUCCCUUGGCUUCCCUGGAGGAGAAACCGCUGGUGAAACAUGUCCUGAACAUCAACUUGAUAAUAAGUGUGUGUGCUGGGAUCUUCCUCUGGGCCUACUUCGCAUAG